AUGAAGUUCCUGGCCGCGCUCGGCCUCCUGCUCCAGGCCAGCUGCUACAAGUUCGCCGUGGAACCGGUGGAACCGCACGAGUUGUGUUAUGCCGAGAACCCGGAGUGCGAGCAGCUCAAAGCAGCCUGGGGCUGCGGGGGCACCUGGCGCACGAAGUGCCCUGGCAUCCAGCGCCCGGAGGGUGACGAUUUGGACGUGAGCGUUGCGACCAUCUGCCCUUCAGAUUGCCCGGAUGGCGACGGCGAGGCCACCGUGGAUGUGGUCGUGGAGGAGGAGAUGGCGAAGGCAAACGGCUCCAAGCCCAUCAAACAGGAGGAAAUCAAGAAGCUCGACAGCUCGCUUUCCUGCUUGAGGAAGCGGAUGAAAGCGGCCAUGGACAUGGGCUCCCUGGAGGAGGUGAGGGAGCUCCUGGCCGUGAUCCGAGGCGAGACUGCUGAGAAGAUCAAGCCCAUCAAGGACAAUCAAACGGCGGCGGCCGUUGACAUGCACGCGCGUGAGGCUGCACUUCACCUGGUGGAGAAGGAGUUCGCAAACGACGAAAAAGCACUGCAGAAGAUAAAGCUGACCCCGCAAGCCGUCGAGAACUUCGCAAGGGAGGUCGAAUCGCUGGCAGCGAUGUGUGAGGAUAAAGUUGAGGCUGCCGCCGUCCGCAAGAUUGAGGAAGAUGCACUCACAAUGAUGAACAAGAGCAGCCGAGCCGCUGCCCUAGCGGAGACCAUCAAAGAAGAGGUGAAAGAGAAAUGCCACGCCAGGACGUUGAACCUGGACUACUUCGUGGAGCACGCCUCGAUGACGGCUGGUGCCCACUGCGGCAACUCCUUCAUGCAGGAGCAUCACAUGCGCCUGGCUGCCGAUUCCAUCAAAGAGCUGAACUAUCGAGCAAAGGCGGCCAUGGCUCUGCACGACGACGACAACCGACUGGGGCACCACCUGGUCUCGCACUUUCAACGGCACACAGAGCAUAAGGGCCGGGACGAGGAGAGACCCUCCGUGUUCCUGAACGAGAGCAUGCUUGGCCUCCUUCACAAAGCCGCGAAGGCGCCGCUCUCCGAGCACCACCUCGAGCGUCUCCACCACCUCGACAAACUCCACUUCGCAGAGCUCCGCGGAAACAGGGACCUCGAGGACCACUGCCAGGAGAGGAGGGACAUGCAGAAGGACGAGCCCAACCACUGGUCUGUGCAGAAUAAGGACAUCGCCGCCUACAUGGAUUGCCUCUGCGUUCAGCGCAAGCCGGCCUUGGUGUGCGAGGCUGUGCACUAUGACGGCGUCAUGAGGGCAGCGGACUUCGCUGUGGCCUCGAUGCAGGAGCACUUUGAGGAGCUCAACGCAGAGAGCCAAGAGAAGCAGCCCGCUGUCCGCUGGCAUCGCGGCAUGCACGAGAUGUCCGAGCUCCAGGCAUACACAAACGGCUCCCAGGACUUGGGAUUUGCAAUUCCACUGGGACCCUGCGACGCAGACGCGCUGUCCUGCAACAUUUGCGUGAAGGGCGUUUGUCUCUCGCUGCCCUUUCCCAAGCCUUCGGACGACGACGACGCCCCCAGCCUGCCUGGCAACCAAGCGAUGAGUGUGCUGAACGCUUUGAGGACGGGCUUAGAUGCCGCGGAAGCACCCUGCUUCAGCGUUGACUGCACCGCCUGCAUCGGGCUGAAGCCAGGUGAUGCCCUCAAGUUCAAUUUGAACGUGGGCUCUUCUGGGGCGUGCGGCAGCAAGCACAUGUUCUUCAGCACCUUCGUGAUAUGGAUUGGUUUGGAGGUUUGUAUCUCGGGCGGCCCCUUGGAUAAGGUCCUCAAGUUCAUCAAGAGGGACCAGAUUUGCGUCGGCUUCCCCACGUUGGAGUACUACCCGUUCGUGGGCAAGAUGGGCGUCACCCACACCUGGCAGCCGGUAUGGCUCUUCAAAGCCGUGGCGCUGGACCUCUCGGCCUACUGGCCAGUGCAUGGCCUGGCGCCGGCGGUGAAACACUACUGCUGGUGGCAUCCGGCCAUGCAGUGGCCUGAAGUAAGCACGGAGACCAAAGAUGCCUUCGAGUGGCACUGGUGGUUUCACAACCAAAUGUACGGCAGUGGAGGCUGGCACGCGGCCUGCGCAGAGUUCAACUACCAGUACCCAGGCUGCCACUGGGACCACCACAAGGCUGUACGGGCAUGCCGUGCCUACUUCCUGGAGGGCCGAAGGUCCGUCGCUGUGGCCGUCCGAACCAGGGGCAGGGACUUGAAGAUGCACGAGCGCUUCAGGAAGGAUUGGCGAUGA